AUGGAUGAGCCGCUCGGUAAAGUGAGCGCUCUCCACACACUCCUGAACAAGAUGUUCCUCUCUCUGCUCCUACCGGCCGUGGCUCUCUUGCUGAGCGGAGAAACGACGGUCUCCGGGGACAGUAACGACAAAUGGCUGAGCACCGUGGCUCAAUUCAACAAGGACAGGUCCUGGAACCGAUUCAGAGACGAAGUGGAGGAUGACUACUUCAAGAGUUGGGCUCCUGCCAAGUCUGCAGACCAAGAGCGAGAGGCCCGACCCGGUAGAAGUGGAGACCCAGGCAGUAAAGCCCACCCUGGCUCGACCAAGAAGACAGUGAAGGAUGGCCCAGAUGCCACCAAGGACCCGUGUCUGAAGGUGCGCUGUCCUCCUCACAAGGUGUGUGUCAGCCGUGACUUCCAGACGGCCAUCUGCACCAAUCACAAGCCGCCAGCUCACAGUGUUAAACCAAGAAAAGGCAGCGCAGUCCACAAGCGCAGGCUGGAAGCUGGUGCUCCUGGGAAAUGUAGGCUCUGCUCUGCCCUGCACUCAACUCCUGUGUGUGGAUCUGAUGGACACACCUACUCCUCCAAGUGUAAGUUGGAGUUCCAGAGCUGCCUCGCAGGGAAGACAAUCUCAGUCAAAUGUGAUGGGCUGUGUCCAUGCCUGCCGAGUCAGGAGCUCAUAAAUCCAACACACAGUAGUGAGAAGAUUGCCUGCACUGACACAGAGCUUCACAGUCUGGCAGCCAGACUGAAGGACUGGUUCGGAGUUCUGCACCUCGACGCCAACAGAGAUCUCAAAUCGUCUGACAGCUUCGAUUCUGCCACUGGACACUUCGACACCAGCAUCUUGCCCAUCUGUAAGGACUCACUGGGCUGGAUGUUCAACAAGCUGGACAUGAACUUUGACCUCCUGCUGGACCAAUCGGAGCUGAGCGCCAUCUACCUGGACAAGUAUGAGCUGUGCAUGAAGCCCCUCUUCAACUCGUGCGACUCCUUCAAGGACGGCAAGCUGUCGAACAACGAGUGGUGUUACUGCUUCCAGAAACCUGACGGACUGCCUUGCCAAACUGAAAAGAGCAGGAUCCAGAAUCAGAGUCGAAAGAAGAGCCUCAUAGGCUCUUAUAUUCCUCGCUGCACCGAGGAAGGCUACUUCAAACCAACCCAGUGCCACGGCAGCACCGGCCAGUGUUGGUGUGUGGACAAAUAUGGCAACGAGAUCGCUGGCUCCAGAAAACAGGGCAACCCCAACUGCGACGAGGACCAGGAGACAUCGGGGGAUUUUGGCAGCGGCGGAGCAGUCAUCCUCCUCGAUGACCAGGAGGAGGAGCCAUCACCGAGCGUCCGGAGCCGGCAGAAGAAGAGGCGGGGCCGGAUCCACCCCAGAGGCGCCGUCUGGGACGACGAGGACGAGGAAGACGACAAGGAUGACGAGGUUGGCUACGUUUGGUAG